AUGUUCUCAUCACCGUCUGCCAUACCGAGCGGCUCUUCGGGUUCGCGACGGCAGUCAGGUGCCGUUGCUACUGCUGCAUUGAGGUCGACAGGGCUUGUAGAUGAAGACGUACGAAUGACGGACUCCUUGAGUGGUCCAAAGCGCCAUGCUCGUAAUCGCAUACAUGAGAGGUCAAAACCUUCCUUAGAUAGGCUGGGAAAGAUGGAGAGGAAUGCUGCUGAGACAGCUAAACGCACGAAUAUGCUUUCCACGCGGCCCAAAUCCAAUAUUCCAGUCUUGAUCAAAGGGGCUUCUUCCGGCUCUUUGGCAUCUCGCUUGGGUAUAACUGAGUCUCCAUCAGUUCUCGGUCGUCAAGCGCGACGCCCAGUCUCAGUCGGGACCCGCGUUCAGGAUGCAAAGGCCGCCAAGGAGCCCUCGUCUGGGCGUGAAAGUGUUGAGGUGCUUCGGGAGUUUGUACAGAAACGCUAUAACCCUCAGACCCAGUUUUUGAAUCUGGAGAACAUGGCGGAAGACGAUUUGCUCAGAAAAUAUAAAAUCGAUAGCCCCGACUUACCCACAUCCAUGCGCCAAAUCGGUUCUGUCGUUCUCAAACUCGCCAAAGAACUCGAACCACCGUGUCUCACGUUAUCCCUCGCGAAUAACCGUUUCGUAGACACUCGGAACCUCGAUUAUAUCCAACAUUAUCUUCCCCAACUCGCCAAUCUGAGCCUAGAAAACAACAAAAUCGCUAACUUCAAUGCUUUGGAUGGUUUGACAUCCAACAGGAAGUCCGAAAUUGCCGUUUCAGGAAUCAAAGAAUUGGUGCUGACCGGUAACCCCGUCAAAGAGAAGUUGUCUUCAACAGCCGAAAUCAUAACCUACCGAAGUGAGGUUGCACGUCGGUUUCCAAUGCUCCAGAUGUUGGACCAACAACCAAUCAUACCCAUCACUUUUGACGUCCCCCUCUCCUUUACUGCUGCGCUGAGCAAACCAGAGUCACUGUCUGAUUCUUUUCCCGUCGGGAUACAAGGAAAUCUAUUCGGUGGCCAAGUUGAUCAGAUGACAGGAAACUUCCUUACCCAAUUCUUCCCUCAUUUCGACAAUGCACGAAUCUCACUCCUCCAAGCUUACUCAACCAAUGCGUCGUUCUCUGUUUCGGCCGACACCACUAUCGCACCGCGCGCCAAGAAGCGACGAUUGCAUCAGACCUUGCCGAAUCAGCACUCAUUAGCCUGGACGUGGUGGUUAUCAGAGUCACGGAAUCUUAGCCGGAUUCGUCAUCUCGACAGAGUGACAAAGACUCUACACGCGGGCCCGGAUUCCAUUCGCACCGUCUUCGAACAAAUGCCUGCAACUAGGCACGAUCUUAGCAAAGGGGAUCAAUUCAUCGUUGACGCGUAUCCGAUUCCCGGCAUCCUGCAUGGACAGCCAGCUGGAAACGAUGUCUUGUUUGUUUCUGUCCAUGGCGAACUUGCUGAGGGGCCAAGCUGGGGCUUGCGUUCAUUUGAUCGCUCGUUUAUACUAGCAUUGUCAGCCGAAGGUUCACCUGCUAAGCUUGCGGGUUGGCCUUGUACUAUCAUCUCGGAUCAGCUUACGAUUCGGAGUUACUCAGGCGCAACAGCAUGGAAGCCUGGUUCCCUCAUCGUCAGCGACUACAUGAAUGCGCUUAGUAAGAAGAAGCCUGCCGUCUCGAAGCUGGCUACUGGAACUCCUGCGGUUGUGCCCGGUUUGCAGUCACUUCCUGCGCUUCCACCUGUCCCUCUUCCGACGCAAAAUCCCCCUGGAAUUGAUCCACUACUCGUAAAUAUUCCGGAACCCCAGAGGGUGGUGGUGCAAGAAUUGGCAGCAAGAACUGGCCUGACCACUGCAUUUUCCAUUCAAUGUUUGGAAGGGAACGGAUGGGACCCUGAUCGGGCAAUAGCAAACUUCGAAGCUGUUAAAGUUCACAAGUAUCCCCCAGAAGGGUUUUCCAGAUGA